GCUUGGUUGCCAUGGUUACCGCCAGAGCCUCUAUGCUGUAUACAGUCGAUGGUAACAUCCGGCAGACUCCGGAGUCUGUCAGCCAGAUGGACGUGACCCCGGAACUCUCCCGGUCUGCAUGAGCCCUUCAGACCGCUGCUCGGUCCGCCCGUCCGUCCAUCGAGGUGAAACGGAACCAGGUCACAAGGAAGAACCGGAGAGUCUGUGGGUUUUUCUGAGGAAGAUGGAGCUCCACCUCAACAGAGUCGAUUAUGUUCAGGUUGGGGUGACAUCUCAAAAAUCUAUGAGACUUCUUCCAGCUUUGGGGAAGAAAGCAACUCAAAAGGUGGCCAUUGCUGAUCAUGAUGGUAUCCUGACAUGUUUUGGGAUGAAGAAGGGAGAGGCAGUGCCUGUGUUCAAAACACUCCCGGGCCAGAAGAUCUCCAGAAUGGACCUUGGAGGAGCUCCUGGGACUCCUCAGGAGAAGAUCUUUGUCUGCUCGGGCUCUCAAGUCCGAGGGUACACCAAGAAAGGGAAACAGUUCCUCACCUUUGAAGCCAAUCUAACUGAAAGUAUCAAUGCCAUGUAUGUCUCAGGCGCUGACCUUUUCGUAUGUGCAAGUUACAUUUACAACCACUACUGUGACUGCAAGGAUCAGGACUACUUCCUGUCUGGAGACAAAAUCAAUGAUAUCACUUGUGUGUCCUCUGAGAAGCUCCCUCACCUCACUCCAGUCCUGGCUUGCCAAGAUCGAGUUCUGAGGGUCUUGCAGGGCUCCACACUUGCCUAUGAUAUUGAAGUCCCUGGUCCUCCAUCUGUGCUGGAACUUUACAAUAAAGAUGCAGGAGAGGAAGUCCUUUAUGGAACGACAGAUGGAAGACUAGGACUGGUUCAGAUCGGUGAGCACUCUGCUGUGGCCAAGUGGGAAAUUGAUAAUGACAAGAAAAAAGGAGGGAUUCUCUGCGUUGACACGUUUGACAUCAUCGGAGACGGAGUGAAUGACGUCCUGGUGGGCAGAGAUGAUGGCACGGUGCAGGUUUAUGGCUUUGACAGUGCCAACGAGCCCACCUUACGAUUUGAGCACGUUUUGUCUGAGAGUGUGACCUCCAUCCAGGGAGGCUGUGUGGGGAGAGAGUCUUAUGAUGAGAUCGUCACUGCAACUUAUACAGGAUGGGUGACUGGUCUGACCACGGAAUCGCAAAAAACUGAGGCUGGUGCUGGAGAGGAGUUCAGGAUGAGCAAAGAGACACAGUCUAAAGUGGAAGCACUGAGAGCGGAGCUGGAGCAGCUGCAGGGGAAAGUCCUGCAGGGACGGGAGCAGUACCAGCAGACCACUCAGUCCAGCACAGCCGUCUCUGCUGUCCCUGUUUUCAACAUCAAUGACAAGUUCACUCUCUGCCAGGACGAUGCCAGCUACAGCCUCCUGGAGGUCCAGACUGCCAUUGAUAAUCUGCUGCUUCAGAGUGAUGUUCCCAUUGAUCUGCUGGAUGUGGACAAGAACUCUGCAGUUGUCAGUUUCAGUGAAUGUGACCCAGAGCAACCCAAUGGUAACUUUCUCCUGGCCACAUACAGAUGUCAGGCCAACACUACCAGACUGGAGCUGAAGGUGAGAUCUAUUGAGGGACAGUAUGGGACCCUGCAGGCUUACAUUACCCCCAGGCUGCAACCCAAGACCUGUCAGGUCCGCCAGUACCAGAUCAAGCCGCUGUCCCUUCACCAGAGGACCCACAGCAUCGACCCGACCAGACCCAUGAACCGUCUCAGCCUGGUGGGGCAGUUCAGUUUUGCAGAGAUCCACUCCUGGGUGGUUUUCUGCUUGCCUGAGGUGCCUGAUAAGACCCCCGCUGAAGACAGCAUCACCUUCUAUUUUCACAAUACUUUUCUGGGCACACAGCUUGAAGCCACCUACUGCAAAGGCACGGCCCACUUCCAUUCCGACAACAUCUCCACUAUUUCUAUUCUAAGUGAUGUUCUCUCUAAAGAAGCAACCAAAAAGAAGAUCAAUCUCAACAUUUCCUACGAUAUCAAUGAUGACUCUGUGAGCCACACACUCAGAAUGAUUCAUCCAAAGUUGGAGUUCCAGCUGCUGUUGGCUAAAAAGGUCCAGCUGGUUGACGCUCUGAGAGAGCUUCAGGUUCAUGAGGGGAACGCCAAUUUUCUGAUUCCAGAGUAUCGAAGCAUCUUGGAUGAAUCUGCCAAUCUUCUUGAGGAAUACAAGAAGCAACCAGCACAUCUGGAGAGGCUUUAUGGAAUGAUCACCGACCUCUUCAUUGACAAAUUCAAGUUCAAAGGCCAGAAUGUGAAAACAAAGGUGUCCUCUCUGCUGGAGAUUCUGGACAACUAUGAUCUAAAUUCUCUGUUAGAAUUUUUCCAAGAUGUUUGAAGUCAAAUGAAAUAAAAUCCAUUCAUCUCUGUUCUGCUCCUGCAUUGUUA